CAGAAAUGUAAAUAGCUUUGUCGAAUAUUGCACACGAAACUAUGGCUUUGAACUGAAGGACAGAGCAGUUGACACGGCUUGCUACUCACUGGAUACACAAGAGGGAUAACACACUUACAAAGUUUUGACGUAGAGACAAGAUAAUAAUGAGCAAGACGGAUCCAAAUCACAUAAAGAGACCCAUGAAUGCCUUUAUGGUUUGGUCAAAAGAGAAACGAAAAGCCAUGGCCAAAGAGAAUCCGAAGAUGCACAACUCGGAGAUCAGCAAAGUUUUGGGAGCGCAGUGGAAACUAAUGAAGGACCAAGACAAGCGAAUUUACCAAGAGGAGGCCAAACGACUACAAGAGAAACACAGUCAAGAACACCCUGAUUAUAAAUACAAACCAAGACGAAGGAAACAGAAGCAGAUAAUGAAGAAAACGACAUAUUCGUUUCCCUACCCAGGAACAGAGCCUGCAGUCCAUCCUGCCGCCAUGAAAUUAACGGCGUAUCCACCAUCGAUGGCACCCGAUAGCAUGUAUCCGCAGUAUCAUUAUCAGAUGGCAGCUCAACACGCUACUUACCCAAUGUAUGAUAUGGCUGCAGUACAUGCUCAAAGACAAACUCACGCCUUCCCACCGGCUGCGAGUCAUGCUAACAGCGUGCACGAUUUACCCUAUCCAGUCCGUCCCACUGAAAUGAUGGUUUCUCCAACAGGCCCUCAUGGACACACGGCCAGUCAUCUCUACACCAGCAAUAUGGAACCAGGACCCACAACAAGUGCCGUUUCAGCAUUUUCCUCGGCGGCACAAAACAUUCAUUCUCAGCAAGUAACAGAGACCAGCCCACCAUACCCGCAACUGUACACUCAACGACAUGUAUAGGUUUGAUUAACGCGCCUUAUUAUUACUUUGUGUAUCUAACGAUACAAAAAGACAGCUUAUCUUCCAAUUCAUGUGUCAAAUAGAAUUUUCCAACACUUGACAUUCAAUUACUAGCUAAGUUUAUAUUUACUCUUUUGUAAGGAACGAUUGUAAACAGCACAAGUUUAUAGGAUUAUAUCUGUGGAUCUGCGAUCUGUAUAUGGUGAAUAUGAACUUCAUGGAUGAUUCACAGAAGACCGCUAGGAGACACUUGGCACAAGAUAACAAAUGAAAAAUAAAACCGGAGUUCAGUCUAUUCAAUUUAACGGAAAAUUAUUUGGAUCAUUUAUUUUCUUAUCUAACUGAUUUACAGUUUACACUCUCGUAGAAGCAACAUCUGCGAUAAUCGAGAGAAUUUUUCUUUGUUUGAGGUAUUUAUUCAAGGUUUUCACACCUAAAUCUAAGAUGGCGGGUACAUGUAGUCAUGUUCUAAAGUUGACAAAUUUUUCUCAUUCUACUGGUCUUAUCUUGCGCUCUUUACCUCGCCACUGAUCAUGCACGAGUGAAAAUUUAAUUCUUCAUGUGAGCUAAUGCACGCUGACGCGAAACUCGUUUGAGCGUUAUCGUAGUAAUAAAGUAUGAAUAUUCUGUUAUGCUUUUUGCGUGAAUUGUUUGCGAACGAUUCUUAGUUACCUGUACAAGGUCAAAUACUAUGAUGCAAAAUAACUAAUAACACUACAGUGAUUAUGUUUCAUUAAAUAAGAGAAAAGAAGCGUUUACUUCAAGGGCAAGAACUUUGUAGACUUGGUAUCCACAGGCAACACUGAUAUUCUGCCAAAAACGUCUCGGUUUCUUAAAAAUAGGAGCCCUAAAUUUUGUGGUUAAUUAUUGAUAAUUUAAGGAAAAGCUCAACUAUUCCUAAACCACCGUCCAGUGAUUUAGCAUUUUCGACGAAAACCACGAUAAAGGAAAGCAACCUUCAAUGUCUAAGGCGCAUUGAAUUCCAACUUUGAUAUGUCUACCCUUUUGUUAUGAGGCUAUUCAAGUCAAAUUUAAUGGCGAAAUUACUCGCUGCCAGUACAAGAAGCUAUAAAAACUAUACAAUAAAAGGGUUAUACCUUUUGAACAACACAUUGUAAAAGUUUUCAAAAGUAAAUUCAAAGGAAUCGCUCAGCC